AGCCCCGCCCCCAAUAGGGGUACGGGGUGACGGGCGCGGGUCAUGGGGUGUAAACGCUUCUGAGCUGCUGAACCUCGGAGGACCGCCGCAUCCCCUUGCCCCGCGGCGGUCAUCAGCGCGCGCGGCCCCCGCACUCGGCCGCUCACCCACCGUCCCGCGGCGGCGCGGCCCAUGCGGCUGGGGGCGGAGGCCGGCGCGGGCGCGGGCUGGGCGUCUCAGGUGCUGCCGGCGGCCCGGAGAGGUGAGGGGGCGGCGGCGGGGCCCGCCCCGGCCCGGUGAUUGGCCGCUGGCCGAGGGUAGCUGGGCGGCCUGGAGGCGCCCCGGGCGGGGAGCAGCCGGCAAAGCCUUCGGCGCGCGGAGCCGGGAAGAUGCUGCUGUCCCUGGUGCUCCACAUGUACUCGAUGCGCUGCGUGCUGCCGGCCGCGGUGCUCCUGGGCACGGCCCCCACCUACGUGCUGGCCUGGGGGGCCUGGCGGCUGCUCUCCGCCUUCCUGCCCUCCCACUUCUACCAGGCGGUGGACGAUCGGCUCUACUGCGUCUAUCAGAGCAUGGUGCUCUUCUUCUUCGAGAACUACACCGGCGUGCAGAUAUUGCUAUAUGGAGAUUUGCCAAAAAAUAAAGAAAACAUAAUAUAUUUAGCAAAUCAUCAAAGCACAGUUGACUGGAUUAUUGCGGAUAUUUUGGCCAUCAGGCAGAAUGCUCUUGGACAUGUACGUUACGUGCUGAAAGAUGGGUUAAAGUGGCUUCCACUGUAUGGGUGUUAUUUUUCUCAGCAUGGAGGGAUCUACGUAAAGCGCAGCGCCAAGUUUAACGAAACGGAGAUGAGAAAGAAGCUGCGGAGGUACAUGAACGCAGAGACUCCAAUGUAUCUUGUGAUUUUUCCAGAAGGAACGAGGUAUAAUCCAGAACUAACAAAAGUUAUUUCAGCUAGUCAAACAUUUGCUGCUAAAGAAGGCCUUGCAGUAUUAAAACAUGUGCUGACACCAAGAAUAAAGGCAACUCAUGUCGCUUUUGAUUCUUUGAAGAAUUAUUUAGAUGCAAUUUAUGACGUGACAGUGGCUUUCGAAGGGACUAUUGACGAUAAAGGGCAGCGGAAAGAAGCACCGUCCAUGGCUGAAUUUCUCUGCAAAGAAUGUCCGAAAAUUCACAUUCACAUUGACCGUAUAGACAGAAAAGAUGUUCCGGAAGAACAAGCACGUAUGAGAAGGUGGCUUCACGAGCGCUUUGAAAUAAAAGAUAAGUUGCUUAUAGAAUUUUAUGAUUCACUGGAUCCAGAAAGAAGAAACAAGUUUCCCGGGGAAAGUGUUAAUUCUAAAUUAAGUCUCAAGAAGACUUUACCAUCAUUACUGAUCCUAAGUGGCUUGACUGCUGGUAUGCUUAUGACCGAGGCUGGAAGGAAACUCUAUGUGAAAACGUGGGUUUAUGGAACCUUAAUCGGCUGCUUGUGGGUUAGUAUUAAAGCAUAAACAAGUAGCUGUGUCCAGGCAGUGGAAUGUGCUACGCGGUUUACUGUUGGCAGCCACACGGGACAUCAGAUUGUUGCCUGAAUUUAAUAAGAAGUGUAAAUAAAGCCUUGUUGAUUGAACAUUGGAUAAAAUAGAAUUUCUGACUAAAGCCGACCUGCAGGUGGUCUUGGGCAAACAUACGUGGUUUUGCAACUUUAGAACAAGCUGCUGGAAGGGGAAAGCUAACCUCUGUGCCACCCUUGGUGUUUCCGUGAUCUAGUGUCAUCUUCAGAAGAUGGUUAGGCUUGUAUGCUUUGGUAUCGGUUCGUGACUCAGCUGCGUUCAUGAACGUUAAUUUGCAGCGUAUUUCACCGUAUUCGUUAUUUUUAGUUUUUUACAACUUGACUAGUCCCAACUCUCAUCACCGAAGUAUUUAGUAUCUUGCAGCUGUGUACUAUUUUGCCUUUUGCUUAAUGUCUCCAAGUGGAUGAAGGAACUUGUAUUUAUGUAUCAAGAAGGAUGCAAGGAAAAGGGCAAGAAAUGUCUGCGGGGAAGAAGCUGUGGUUUGCGCAUGCUUUGAUUGUAGUGUAUUAUUAGCUGAUUUUAUUUUCUCUUUGCAGAGUAAUUAACAUGUCUAAUAUUUAUUGAAGCAGCUUAAUUUGCACGCCCUGCAUUGUACACAAAAGGAUAAUGUGUCAAAUGUGAGCGUUGAGUUUCGGUUGGAGGCGUGACCCUGGCCCGCUGUCGCGGCACUUGACGCUGCCCAGCGUUCUGAAGAGCAAAGCGGAGCCCUCAGUACGUCCCAGUGUCUGUGCCAGAAUUGCUUAAAAGCCUUCAGGCUUCCUGUUAUUUUUACAUCAAAACAAUCAGUGUGAACCUUGGUGGGACCUGAGUCCACAGAUGCUUGAGGUGAUGGGAGCCUUCAAACGUCCGCCUGGAUUUCCAAGCAUGUGCCUUUUGCCUAUUAUUACUCUUGGGUUCGGCGGAAGUCUUUUCUUUUCCUGUCAUCAUGGUCGAUUUCCACUGUGUUUGAAUUCUUUUCCUCUGGAUUCCUGGCAGCGUGCUGCUCGGUGCCUGGCACAGGACGGGCGCAGGGGAGAAGCAUGGAGCCGGCCUCGGUCCUGCUGCGGGUUGAACUUGGUCGGUGAGGCUCUCUUGAGCCCGCCCCAGUGGCUGCGGCUAAGACACUCGUCUGUCUCCCUCCUCAAGCCAGUGAACGACAGGCUCAGCCCGCGAGGCCCAGAUGAACUCGUGGAGUCCCCACUAGUUUUAGUGGGAGUCCCCACACAGUUCAUCCGUGCCCCCUCAGAACAAGAGCCGUUUUCAGUCAGGAAGUAGUAACUAUGGCCUGUGGCUGACUUAAACUGGAUUGUUGCCUACUAGUCCCUUAAGGUAACCUUUCUGCCUAAUGGAUUUUUGUUGUAAACUCGUGCCAGUGCCCCCAGAUGAAACACACCAACUGAACCAUGAUGAGCAAAAUGAAAAUAAUAAGUAAGGGAAAUUUUGUGUGACUGGCUCUCCAGACCCAGAGAGCAGGCCGUGUGAGACAGCACCUUUGAAGCUCUGGGUAGUCUGAACUGGUUUGUGUACGUGCGUGUGUGUGUGUGUGUGUGUGUGUGUGUGUGUGUAUGUGUGUGUGUCUGUGUGUCUGUGUCUGUGUGUGUGGGGGGGGGGGGUGGACAUGUGCCCGCAGGAUAUGGUUGGUCUUCUUAUGCAUGGGGGUGUAGGUAAAACUUUUGAAAAGUGUUCCCAUGCCAAAUUGUGAUUUUCUCUUACCUGUAAAGUGAGAUUUAAAUCAGUCUCACCGUCUUUGUUAAUACUUUUUUUAAACAGUCCUAAAGAUUGAACCGAUUUCUAAUUUAUUCAAAGUAAAUGUAAGUUGCGUAACUUACUUUGAAUAUCAUGGAUAUGCUCUAAAUUUAAACCUUAAGAAGAAAUAUCAUUGGAAUUAUGUUGAUUAUAACUGAUCAUAAGAAGUUACAGUGAACUGCAUAAGAUCACUUUGAACAUCAUGUCUCUUAUGACCAUACUUAUAUUCUCACAAGAGUUCUAUAAGGUAUAUUUGUUAGUUUAAAAAUUUUGUAUUAAAAUAUUUGGAAAUUAGAAGCUUCUUUUUAACAUGUGUUGAUAUGACUUGAAUUCUUACUUUCUAAAAUUAGGAGCCCUGUAUCUCCCUGUAAAUCUUUUCACAUACCUUUUAAGCCUGUGUUUCUGUUAUUAUUAUUGAUUUGCAGCUUACUUAUUACUUAGUUUUUCUGUAUAAGAAUGCCAUCAAUGUGCAUGCUUUUAUGUUUUCCAGAAAAGGGGUGUGUUUGGAUGAAAGUAAAAGAAAAAAUAAAAUCUUUCACUGUCUCUAA